CAUUGUUUAGUAAUCAGUAAUCACUCUCACCAAUCAGUUAGAAAAGUUGUGUUGUGUUGGUGCAGGUGCAAGUUUUUGUUGAAUCAAAUACUUUUCAAAUAACGAUUAUUUAUCAGAUUGUUACUCGUACUUAUCUCGUAUAACUUGACAGUAGGUCGAAGGUAUUAUUAUGUUUUAUGUUUUCUAUUCGAAAUAUUUAAUUGAAUUGUUAUGUGCUUUGUGUUUGGGUUUCCCCGACGUAAAAUAAUGACAAUUUGUAAAGCAGCCGAUUAUCGAGGCGUUGGUGACGAUGCGCGGAAAGAAUGAGAUGUAAUUCGAUAAAGUUUUUUGAUAACUCGGCAAUUUUGCCAGAAAUAACGCCGAUAUAUCUUUAGAACUAACAGUCAUAUUCACGGACGGUGUGCUCUAAAAAUAAAACUCGAAAACUUUUUGUUUCGCAGAUUUGUGAAACCGUCGGUGCAUUCACAUCGGAAAUUUAGGUAGAGCGUUUUAAAUUGAUAAUUUACCUGUUUUUCCAGGUCGCUUCAUAGUCGAUAAUUAGUGAUUUCAAAGUUUAUUAUUUUAUCUAACUACAAAAUGGAGAAUAACAUUGAACAUGAAAUUUGCAAUAAUUGCAAAAAAGAAAUACCUCAGCCCAACUACGUGAUCCACACGAUGCACUGCGCGAGGAACAUAACGUUGUGCAAAGUUUGCAAGGAGCCCAUACCGAAAUCCCAGUUUCCCGAACACGAGAAAACCUGCAAGAAAUCCGCCAUACCGAAGCCCAAGCCCUUGCCGCCUGCUACCAAUCUGGAAAAGAGCCAAUACUUCCAGACCCGCAAGGCGGUGGAAGACAAAAAAGUCGAGGCCAGAAAGGAGAGGCAAAUGCAGAAAAUGGACCGACUAGUAGACUCCGGAUAUUCGUUGAAAGAGAACUCCACGUCUUCGUACUCGAGAGAAAAUCGUAAUUCGUACAGGGAUUCGAGCAGCAACUUCGGCGGAAGCACUUCGGAUACUUCCAGAAGGGACAACUCCGAUUCGUCUUACAACCCUCGAUUUUCCAACGGUUACAGCUCACCGGCUACGAAUAAAGCGGAGAGGAAACAGGAAAAAGCCGCCUCGCCGCCGCCGCCCCAGGCGAGAAAACCGGAACCCAAGCCCACGGGGAUGCUAUCGUGCAGAUACUGCGACCUGGACCUGCCCAAAUUGGAGUUGGACGAUCACGAGAACUACUGCGGCACGCGCACCGACAAGUGCCUGGACUGCGGGGAGCUGGUCAUGUUCAAAGACAAGCAGGUCCACAUGGACUCCACGCACGCGGGCGUCAAACGACGAGGAGGUGAUCGAACGGUCAGUUGGGACUCGUCGUCGCAGCGCAACGAAGCGGCGAGCGGGGCUCGCGAGAGACCCGGCAGGGCCAUCAGACCGUUCGCGGAGUUCGAUUACGAUCCCAUGCCCUAUUUGCCGGCGGCUUAUCAGGCGCCGGGCGGCGGGGCCCGCAAAAAGGAAGGCGAAAGUUAUAAGGAAAUGUCCAGGAGACUCGAUUGCAAAACGGAAUACAUUAGAAACAUUUUGCACGAUUCCGCCGCUAUAACGGUGCCAUUGAGGAGAAGCGGAACGGCCCCUCGAAAUUAUUUUUACCACCACGAAAAAGAUUUCUCGCUAGCGGGUUCGCAGCCGCCGAGGCACCGGCGCCGCAACCCGCCGACGGAGCUGGUCAUCCCCUGCGAGUUCUGCAACGUGCCCAUACCGCACGAGGACCUGGUGCAGCACGAGACCGGCUGCCGCCCGGACCUGGCUAGAUACAAUCCGAGGAGGAGGGCGGCCUCGCCGGAUGAGGAUUAUUAUUCGGAACCGGCCAGACAGCCGUCUGUCGAUGACGAGGAUCUGCCGUGCGAAUUUUGCGGGGACAUGAUACCGGCUUCUCAGUUGAUUUCCCAUCAAAUCAGGUGCACUUGA